UUAUCAAUUGUUGUUUAUAACCUAUGAUUAAUGAUUGUAUUUAUUAUUAUAACCUAUUAUUUGCUGUUUAUAUGUGAGCUUAAUGUACCGGAGACAAAUUCCUUGUUUGUCCGAUCACACUAGGCUAAUAAAGAAUUCUACCCUAUCCGACCCUACCCUACACUAUCCUAUCACUGAAUCACCAAUUCUUUGUGGCUACUUUCAGAGAGAAUCUCCCAAGCCGCUUCAAAUUUAAGGAGUAUUGUCCAAUGGUAUUCCGAAAUCUCCGGGAAAGAUUUGGGAUUGAUGAUCAGGACUAUCAGAAUUCUGUGACCAGGAGUGCUCCAGUAUAUAAUGAUAGCCAUGGGCGGUGUGGAGUUCGUUUUCUUACCACCUAUGACCGACGGUUUGUCAUCAAGGCAGUGUCAAGUGAAGAUGUUGCAGAGAUGCACAACAUUCUAAAGAAAUAUCACCAGUUCAUUGUGGAAUGUCAUGGGAAUACACUUUUACCCCAGUUUCUUGGCAUGUACAGGCUUACAGUAGAUGGUGUGGAAACCUACAUGGUAGUCACCAGGAAUGUGUUUAGUCACCGGUUGACAGUGCAUCGAAAAUAUGAUCUCAAGGGUUCAACAGUAGCAAGAGAAGCCAGCGACAAAGAAAAGGCUAAGGAUCUACCAACCUUUAAAGACAAUGAUUUUCUAAAUGAAGGCCAAAAACUCCAUGUUGGAGAGGAAUGUAAAAAAAAUUUCCUGGAGAAAUUGAAGCGAGAUGUUGAGUUUCUUGCACAACUGAAGAUCAUGGAUUACAGUUUGCUGGUAGGGAUUCAUGAUGUUGAUCGAGCUGAGCAAGAAGAAAUGGAAGUUGAGAACCGGGCAGAAGAUGAAGAAUGUGAGAAUGAUGGCAUAGGUGGGAAUCCAAUUGGUUCCUAUGGUACGCCACCUGACAGUCCUGGUAACCUUCUCAAUUUCCCACGUUUCUUUGGGCCUGGGGAGUUUGAUCCAUCUGUGGAUGUCUACGCUAUGAAAAGCCAUGAAAGCUGGAGCAGAAAUUUCCACUGUCAAUCCCGAGCAGUAUUCAAAACGCUUCAAUGAAUUUAUGUCCAAUAUCCUGACAUAGUUGUCUUCCUGUUAUUGGCAGAAAAGGAGGGAGAAGAAUAGUAAAGGGUGGGGGGUAGUAUUUCCAGUGCUACAGGAAUGCAGUCUGCUGGGCAUGAUAUUCUGUGAGUGUGUGAUGACAGCCUGACCUAGCAGAAAACUAACCUCUAGAUACGGGCUUUCAAACCUGGUGGAAAAAUGAGAUUAUUACUCUCUUCUAUAUUGGUUGCUACAAUAAAUAUCCAAACAUAAACCUGAGGAAUAAGGUAGUGUUAAAAUUUGCACUUUUCUUUGAAAAGCAUCAGUCUCCAAAUGGUCAGAUGUUAAUAUGAACACAUAACAGAAGAUAUAAAUGAUGGUUUCCUUCGAUUGAACUAUGGCUGUUCACUCAGAGCAAAUUCUCUUUGUUGCUUUCUCUAAGGAUUGGACAAGAGAUGACCUGUCAUUUCAAGGACAAGAACUAUUAUAAAGAUUAAGGAAAGCCAUUUUAAGUUAGUUGAACAAAGACUUUUUACUUCUGGUCUUUUGAUAUCCCACUUUCUUUUCUGCAUUGUUAUUUCAAAAAAAGAUGAGAAUAUGAGGGAAUUAGAUAGCUGCUUAAAGUUUUAUGCAAUCAAGGGAGGGAAAAAACCAGUUUCAGAAGAAUCCACAUUUCUAAUAAAAUAUGAUACAAUUUCUUGGUGGAGAUCAUGAAGAGAUGAGAUAACUUCAUGAAAAUAAUAUCUUGAUGAGCUGCAGAUAUAUUUGUACUGAGUUGGUUACAAAUUGGAUUAAGUUAUCUCUAAUAUAAUGAUCUACCAGAGUUAAAUUAUUCAGAUUCAAUCUUUUAUACUUUGAUCUGGUUGUAAAUGCUGUAAAAUGAUACUUUCCUGUUUAAAAAAAAGGUACCACUUCUUUGUAACAUCUUAUACUGUGAACCAUUAUAUUAGAAAUAUUAGCUUUUGAUCAUUCCAUUUGGGAAGAAUCCACUCUCAAUAUGGGGAAAAUGUAAUAAAUUGCAGCUUGUCCUGCUAAUCCAGAUUUUUGAAAAAGUUGCACUAGCUCUGUUUUCUUUUAAAAAUCCAAAUUGUUCUUGCCUCAUUUGAAUUACAACUUUUUCUUGUAAGUUACAGACUGAUAUUGGAUUUCAUAGCUGUACUUGUCAAAACUGAAGGUUUUGAAUUCACUAAUUCCAUUUUUUCAAUAUUCUUGGAUUUGGCAAGUUAUGAUCCAUCAACUUGCAAUCAAGACACUUUGCUUACUUUUACUGUUUCUUACACAUGCCUUUUUUGUGUGUGUGUGUGUGUAUGUGAUUGUUAGGGUGUUAAUGUCCUGUGCCUUCUGCUUUGUAGAUUCUGUCAUUUUGGGAGUAAAGUAAUUUUUUUUUCUUUGUUGCCCUCAAGUAUGUGUAUUUUUUCAGAUGGGAUUUUUCACAUUUAUAAACAAAAAAUUCCACAGCUCACAUCGUGAUUACAAAGUCAUAAAAUAGUUUGAAAGGCUUAAAAAUCAUAGAAUAUAUAUAAGAUUUUGUUAAGGCAUAAAUGAAACUGUAAAUUAGAGAUUUCAAGGUUCUUUUUUCCACCUAGAUUUCAAAGCAGAUUUCUUUUAUUAGAAGCCACAGUAUUUAACUGACUAUAUCAUAAAAUUUAUGUGAAUUUAAAAACUUAUUUCAAAAGGCAGGCAUGGAUGAGGGUAUGUUGAUAGGUUGUAAAAAAUUUUGAAAGUCAAAGGAAAUGGUGCACUCAGAAGUCCAAUGUGAAAUAGAAUAUAGGAAUUUCAUUUUCAGCUUUUGUUUAAAUUUUACAAAGUAAAUUUUGAUUAACUUGAUAAGCGUUAGUCCAAAAUAAUCUGUUUUUAACGUUUUUACAAAUAUUUGCCAAUCUUAAUCUAUUUAGGAGUUAGUCAGUACACAGUUUAAAAAACCAUGAAAAGAUAUGUUUCCUGGUUGAUUCAUUUAUAAAAGACAUUUGAAACAACCAUAAAGGGCACUCAGACAGAAAGAGCAAACUCUCCAUCUUUGCCUACCCUUAUUUUCUCUUCCCAGUCUUCUCUGGCCUUUACUUCUCUAGUCUGUAUCCCGCUGUCUCCAGUUCCUCAAUCCACUUCCAUCAGAAGUUUUUCUCUUUAACAUCUUAAACAUCCUGUUCUUUAGUCUUCAGCUGCCUUCUUGCCCUGACAAAAGCCACCAGACCCACUAAGUUGCUACUGGUUCUAUUCUGUGCUCAUUGUUUAAAGUUCUCCUCUUUGAUGUGCAUACUUUGUGCUUAGAUGUUGAAUUUGACUUUUACUCAGCUAGCUCUCAAGAUUAUUCGGAAUAUAACUCCCUGUUUGAUUUUUGGUUUCUGUCAUACAUGCCAUUAAAUGGUUAGUCCUUACUGCUAAAAUUUUGCCAUUGUUUAUAACAUAUUAUCUUUGCCAUCUCCCACUCCCAUAUUUGUGCCUUUUGUUAUGCUGCCCUCUAUCAGAAACUUUUAAUUCUUUCAUCUGAACCUAUCUUAAAGUCCUAUAUAAGCAAAAUUAUAACUGGCUUUUGCCUCUAGUCCCAUUUCAUCCUUUCUCUGUCCUCUUGACUUAAUAUUCAGAACUCUGCUCUCAGGUGGUGCUCAGAUCCAUAUGACAUUUGGAUCUACUAACAGUUGUGGAAUUUUUUCCCCCUUGAUUAUUUGCUUAAUAGAAAAAUUGUUUAAUGAUUUGAAAUCUUCAACAGAUAUAGAAAAGGCCCAGUGGGGGAGAUCAAGAGAGAUGUCAGCAGCCUUUUUAAUUCAGGUUUCCCCAAACCAAAUAUCCUUGAGAUGCUUUAGUUUACAACUCCACCAAACAUAGGAUUUGUAGACAUUAUACAUCUGGAAAAACUGUUGGAAAAACUGUAGUUUCUUACACCUACAUACAGAGACUUAAAAUUUUCUCACUGGGAAUUUCUACGUUAACAUUCUUGUUUCUUGCCAUUCACAUCCAAAAUUUUAAACAGAAAAUGGAAUUGCAUGGAAAUCUUUUGUUUCCAUGACACAGCAUUAGGAUUUUUCCCUUCUUAUAAAUAUUAAAUUCAUCUGGCAGUGCAGUGAGAAUGAUGUACACAGUAAAUUCUGAUCAAGGCAUUGCCUGUAAUGCUACAUGAGAGAUGGGAGGAAAGGAACAUACUUCAUCUCUUCAGAGUAUUGUUAGUUUUGACAGAGAAGACCUGUGAUUAGACAGUCUUUUGCUCUUCCUUUCUUGUUCCUAUCUCCUAGCUUGUAUCGGUGAUCCCUCCCUCCCCUGGUGUCCUUAAAUACAUCACUCUAAAUAUAGCUAGUACGUUUUCCCCUGUAACUGCAAGGAUAGCACUGGCAAUACAAUUUUAUUUCCAAUUCAGUAUGUCCAAGAGUCCUUUUAAAACUCAUUGACUUGUUUUUCUACUCCAAAUUUCAUUCCUAUAAAGGGCAUGCUUAUUGGCACAAUUUAUUCAUCAGCCUAGUCUGAAAAUUGUCCCCAUGCUUUGUUGUGUUGCAGAAGAGCCCAUGUUGGAUCAGAAGCAGAUGAAUACUAAACUAUUUGGAGAUUUAGCAGAAUGUAUAGCCAUUAGUGCAUAGAACUAUAGUCUUCUAGGUCAAGGACUUUGGAAAUCAAACAGAUUUCUUGUUCAUCAAUUCAUGCAAGGGAAUGUCAAUAGCCAUUUUAUUUCUUCCCAGCGUGCAUCUUGUUACAGUUGCAAUGACCCUAAGGUAUAGCUAACACAUUACAGAAAGGAACUAUUUUUUUCAUUACAUCUAUGAUUUAUCUUUUUAAAAAUAUAUAUGUGGAGCAGACUUAUAACUUACGAAAGUUAGUGACUAUUUGGAGAAUUUUGGGGCUUAUGUGUUAGUCUUGUUCCUAAGUAUAGACUUACACAUGUACAUUCUCAGUUGGAUUGUCUAGCCAAAGAAUGCAUAUUGUUGAUGGUAGUCUUAGCUUUCUUCCAUCUCCUGUUUUGUGGAAUGUACUUCCCCAACCCAGUGUCCUCCAGCUAUAUUGUAGCAUACUUCCCGGCAUUGUUAAUUAGCAUGCCUAUUCUAGAGUGAGAUGGAAAUCCUAUUCUAGAAGAAGUUUUUGUUGUCAUCUAAAAAUAUUAUCUUCAGGGGGAAUAUAUACUAAUAGUUUCAGCUUUGGCUAUCAUGUUUGAGGAAGAAAAACUCAACUUUGUUCAAUGUAUAGUAACUUUCACUGCACUCAUUGAUGUAUCCCAACAGUCUAUAUUGUUAGGUGGUUACCUCCAGGCAGUUAAGCUGGAAUUUCCUGCACUGGAAAAAAUGUUGAAUGUGGGAUUUUUAAGGGCUACACUGCAGUAGAUGGUGACAAUCAUCUUCAAUCAUGUCUAUUACAUUCAUGUGUAGAGGAAGGGCUGGGGAGGGUAUCAUUAGAAAGCACUUGGAUGAAAAUGAAAUCUUAUAAACACACAUAAAUAUUGAUGGCUAGCUAUAAGACACAUGGUCAAAUAAAGUUUGCACUUCUUCAUUAUCUAAGUCUAUGGUAUAGAGCCUGAUAUGAGUGUGUGCAAUGCCAUCCCAGGCAAUCUUUCAAAAUUGUAUUAAUUGUGAAAUCAUAUAUUAUUUAAAAAGAUAAAGGAAAUGAGACAUUUCUGUUCCAGCUAUUAUCAAUCUCUUUCUAAUUGUAUGCUUGAAUACCAUAUGAAUAUAUUCAACAUAUUAAUAUAUAAUCAUAUGGCAUUUAAAUGUAUUAUAAAAGUUCAAGCUGUUGCAUAAUGGCAAGCAGGCAAUUAAAUUUGAAUCUCCAACUAAUAAAAAAAUAGGUUUUUCAUACCUUUUCUAAAAUAAAAAUUUAAAGUCAAUGUGCUUAUAAAGUAUGAGACACUGUUUUGAAAUGCAUGUAUGUUAACAAGGUGUGAAGUCUCUCAGGUGGGUUGAACAAAAUAAAAAUGAAUUUUUUGUGUAAAA